AUGGAAUCCUUGAUUUCUCUCAAGCCUCACUUUUAUGCCUUUCCUUCCUUCUCAUCCAUUCCUCCCACUCGACUCAAUACUUAUAGAAAAAACUCUCUUUUUACUGUUUCUGUUCGAGCACAGAUGGACCCUAAUGAAGAUUCAGCUACAAUAGCCACAUCUGGUAUAAGAAUAAGGAGAAGGCCACCAACUGGACCCCCUAAUCAUUACGUAGGACCUUUUCAAUUCCGGUUGCAGAACGAGGGAAAUACACCACGUAACAUCUUGGAAGAGAUUGUGUGGAACAAGGACAAAGAAGUUGCACAACUAAAAGAACGAAAACCCCUUGGUUUGGUUAGGAAGGCCCUUGAAAAUGCACCUCCGGUUAGAGAUUUUAUUGGGGCUCUAAGGGCGGCUAAUGAACGAACUGGAUUGCCUGGAUUGAUUGCUGAAGUUAAGAAGGCUUCACCAAGUAGAGGCAUUUUGAGAGAAGACUUUGAUCCAGUUGAAAUUGCUCAAUCUUAUGAGAAAGGUGGAGCGGCAUGUCUAAGUGUUUUGACAGAUGAAAAGUACUUUAAGGGAAGCUUUGAAAAUCUUGAGUUAAUAAGAAAUGCUGGAGUAAAGUGCCCUUUGUUGUGCAAAGAAUUCAUCAUAGAUGCUUGGCAACUCUACUAUGCUCGAUCUAAAGGUGCAGAUGCAGUACUUCUAAUUGCAGCUGUUUUACCUGAUCUUGACAUCAAGUACAUGGUUAAGAUAUGCAAAAUACUUGGACUGACCGCUCUUGUUGAGGUGCACGAUGAGAGGGAAUUUGAUCGUGUUCUUGGAGUAGAGGGUGUUGAGCUUAUUGGCAUCAACAACCGCAAUCUAGAAACAUUUGAGUUAGAUAUCAGCACCACGAAGAAGCUUCUUGAAGGAGAGCGAGGCAAAAUAAUCCGUGAGAGAAACAUAAUUAUGGUAGGAGAAUCUGGUUUGUUCACUCCUGAAGAUAUCGCCUAUGUACAAGAAGCAGGAGUUAAAGCUGUUUUGGUGGGAGAGUCUAUUGUGAAACAGAGUGAUCCUGCAAAGGGAAUUAGCAAUCUCUUUGGCAAAGAUAUAUCUGUUUGA